GAGGAGUCGUGUUCUGCGUCACGUUUCAAUAGUCAUAAUACGCAGCGUUUCGUUUUCUUAGUACUUAGCAGACGUCAUAAUGUUUGAAACGAGCGCUUUUGUUUGUUUGGCCCUCGCAGCUGUCGUCUCAGCCACAAACGUGAGACAAUGUCCAGGAAAAUCAGUCCCCGAGUUGAGUAAGGCGGUCCAGUUACAUGAAUGCAUUAAACUACCUUGCGUUCUAAAGAAAAAUACAGAUCAACAUAUUGUAAUUAAAUUUACACCAGAAAAAGAUGUCUUGGAUUUAAAAAACAGUGUGAGUGCGAAAUUAUUUGAAAUAGACCUACCUUUUAUUGGUGUAGACGGAACGUCUGUCUGCGACAAGAUACAUACAGAAGAUGAUCAGAAAUCAGGAUGUCCGCUCAAAGCGGGGACCAACUACAUCUAUAAAGACACCUUUCCUAUUCUCAGUAUUUACCCAUCAAUUCAAGCGGAAGUAACAUGGGCUUUAAAAGCUGAAGAUAAGGAUGUGAUUUGUUUUAGAGUACCUGUUAAGAUUUCUUAAGUUCUUAAUUUGAUUUAUACAUAAUUAUUAAUGAUUUAGGAAGGAUUUAGUCCUGAUAGUUUAUUUAGAAUUAAUAUGAUAUGUUUGAACAGUUGAUUGAUGAAUUGAUUGAUGAUCAAAAGUCUGUUUUUAUUUUUGACUUGGUCCACUUAUUCUAUUUUAGACAUCAUGCAAAUCGUUUUUCUGCUCUGUGCUAUUCAUGUAAUAUUUGCGGAAUUAGCAAAUCUUGUUGCUAAUCAUUAAACGAAUAAAACAAUACAUUAUGGA